AUGGCCGAGACAGUGGAACGGCAUGGCUACGACUCCGUUUGGGUCGGUGACAGCAUCACUUCCAAGCCUAGGCUUGAGCCGCUGACCAUCAUGGCAGCGCUGGCGGCCCGGACUCAACGAGUAAGGAUUGGAACGGCGGUAAUGCUGACGGCCUUGCGCCACCCGGUCCACUUAGCCCACGCCCUUGCUACCAUCGAUAACAUUUCCAACGGGCGGGUAAUCCUGGGGGCCGGCGCCGGUCGCGGCGACAACCAGAUGUACAUCGACGAACACUCGGCUGUGGGGGUGCCCGUCGGUGAACGUGCUGACCGGAUGGAGGAAGGAAUAAACCUCCUGCGCGCCCUGUGGACGCAGGAAGACGUAACCAAUGAAGGCGACUAUUAUCCCUUGGAGAACGUUACCCUGGAACCCCAGUCCCUCCAGCAACCACUGCCUGUCUGGAUUUCCAGCAACUGGGUCAGGCGCGGCCUGAAGCGGGUGGCGGAAAUGGGCGACGCCUGGAUCACCAACGUGCCCAGUGUCGAGCUGUUUAAUAGAUGCUGGGACCGGGUUCAGGAAAACGCAGUAGAGGCAGGCAGGGACGCCAAGGAAAUGACAAGGGCCUUGUAUAUUUCGGUGAACCUAAAUGAAGAAGACGAGGCUCUGGCUGAAGGGGACCAAUUCAUGCAGGCUUAUUACAGCCGUCCUUACGAGGCGGUCAGCAAGCAACUCCUUUGCGUCUUUGGUCCGCCGGAAAAGUGCGUCCAAGCCAUUGCCGACUACAGGGAGGCAGGGGUCACCUAUUUCAUAGUGCGGUUCGCAUCGCCCAACCAGAUGGAGCAGUUAAAUCGCUUCACUAACCAGGUGUUACCUGCAUUAAGAUAG